GGCCAGCCGACGUGCCGCUUCGCCGUGAUCUCGCGAUGCCCGGCGUCUGGAUCGCGAGGAAGAUGAGUCUGUGAGGCAGUGGAGGCGGCGAUGGGGUCUCUGGGAAUGAAUGAGGAGUAAGGAGGCGGCGUGGGUUAUGAAGGUGGGGCGGCAGGGCGCUGGUCACUGGCAUAAAACACACCCACAGGCUUUAAGUAUGGUUGAGUGAUCCUAACAAUUCAUCAUUCAAAAAAAAAGUUAUGUCUAAUGUUUCCAUUGGCCACCAAGUGUCUGCUAAUGGGAUAGUCUGAGAGUCCAUUACACCCUCAGGAGGAGCGGAACCUGUCAAGCGUCUUUUACCUGGGGUUACAUCCCAUGACCGACUGCAGUUGCCUCGGAAGUGGCCAAUGGGCAGAAAAAAUUGUCUCCUGAAACCUAUAUGAAUAUGUUUGUUGGUCUCGUGCAAAAGCCGUGGCACACGAUGUGCAGGUUUUAUCUCCGACAUUAUGCUAUCAGAGCUGGUGUGGCUCAUUAUGUAUAUAGGAGCAAUGUGGCCCAUCAGUAUCUCUUCAAUAAUGUAGGAUUAAAUCUUCCUAUCAGCGCUGUUGCCCAGCUGCGUUUAUGUUCAUCUAGUGGCAAAAAGGAUGGCAUUAGUGAGCAUAGUCACAGCACUACCUCAACAGAAUCCAAUUCUCAGCAAGAUCCCAAAAGAGCUGGGUCAAGUUCUCUAAGUCAACCUACUUUGGAGCAAAUUCAAGUGAAAGUUAAAGCUAUUCUGAAGAAACGAGAUUAUGGGUCCAAAUAUACUCAAAAUAAUUUCAUCACAGCUAUGCGGGCAAUGAAUGAGUUCUGUCUAAAACCCAGUGACUUGGAGAAGUUGAGGAAAAUAAGACGGCGAAGUCCCCAUGAUGAUUCAGAGGCUUUUACUGUACACUUGAGAUCUGACAUAGAAGCCAAGGCGCUUGAGGUGCAUGGAAGUCUAGAAGCUCUUGCAAGGGCAAAGAAGCAACGUAAGGAAGAAGAAAUUGCAUACAGAGAAAAUCUUUUCAGGAACCAGAAGUUAAUGAAGGAAUACAAGGAGUUUUUGGGUACCACUAUGCCUAGAUCAACUAAAUCAACACCAUUUUUACAAGGACCAGGAAAGGUUGUAUUGGUUGCUAUCUGUAUAAAUGGACUGAAUUUUAUCUUCAAACUACUUGCCUGGGUUUAUACAGGGUCUGCAUCAAUGUUCUCAGAAGCUAUACACUCACUGGCUGACACCUGUAACCAGGCAUUACUAGCAGUGGGUGUCAUUCAGUCUUCUAGGACUCCAGAUGCUGGCCAUCCGUAUGGAUUUACAAAUAUGCGCUCCAUUGCAUCUCUCAUUAGUGGCGUAGGAAUUUUUAUGAUGGGUGCAGGACUUUCCGUGUACCAUGGAGUUAGUGGACUUUUACAUCCCCACCAUAUAGAAUCCUUAAUGUGGGCCUAUUUUAUUCUGGCUGGCUCAUUAGUGUCGGAAGGAGCAACACUUUUGGUAGCAAUAAAUGAACUCCGAAAGAGUGCUCGAGCUAAAGGAAUAACAUUUUAUCAAUAUGUGGUACAUAGUCAUGAUCCAACCACCAAUGUUGUACUGUUGGAAGAUGCAGCUGCUGUGCUGGGAGUGUUGUUAGCAGCUGGUUGCAUGGGGCUAACUUCCCUUACAGGUAAUCCUUAUUAUGACAGCAUUGGCUCUCUUGGUGUUGGAGCACUUCUGGGUACCAUUUCUUCAUUCUUGAUCUACACAAAUACUGAGGCUCUGAUUGGGAGAUCUAUCCAGCCAGAAAAUGUACAAAGACUUACUGAACUUUUAGAGAAUGACCCUUCAGUAAGGGCUGUCCAUGAUGUAAAAGCCACAGACAUGGGCAUGAAUACAGUUCGAUUUAAAGCAGAAGUUGAUUUUGAUGGAAGGAUAGUGACAAGAUCUUAUCUGGAGAAGCAAGACAUUGAUGCAAUCUUAAAUGAAAUUCAGCAGGUAAAAUCUCCUGAAGACUUAGAAACUUUUAUGCUGAAACAUGGAGAGAAUAUUAUUGAUACAUUGGGAGCUGAGGUUGACCGAUUAGAAAAGGCACUGAAGCAAAAACAUCCAGAUGUACGUCAUGUGGAUUUGGAGAUCUUGUAAAAAUGCCAGGAACGUCUAAUGAAGAUCAUUGCAACUACAGGGAGGGAGAAAAAGUCCAUUAAUCCUUUUGUGGUCAUUAUAAGCUGCUUUUCAAUGUUUUAAAGACAUUUCACGGUAUAAUUUAUGUAGGAUUGACAGACAAAGUUGCAGUGGUAUGAAGGGAUCUAGUGUGUUACAUAGUUGAGGAAUUAUAAUAUUAUUCAUUAGCUGUACAAAAUUUUGAAUCUCCUCUUGACUGUUCAUCAGAAUGCUGUCAAAGUGAAUGUGCGAGCAUGUGACAGGAAGGCAGGAAAGAGGUUAAAAUAGGUAACUUUUGCCACCUGUCCACAGGUUGGAUAGAUUGACCAACCUGAAUAGAGUUUUCCUGCUUUACUAAUCUAAAUUCACCCUGAUUCAAACAGUACUCUAUUCUGUUUCAUCUUGUUCAUUUUGACAUAAUGCUAGCCCUAAAAAUGACAACUAACUUCAAAUAAACCCUUUAUUUAAAAUUCUUGGUCCAUUGAAUUUACUGGUACAAUUGGUUCAAACUAAAAUUAUAUGGGGGUUGUAUAUUCUAUACACAUUGUCUUAAUUUUCUUUUGAAAUUUGGAGAAACAUUUUAGAAGGUGGGGAAAGCUAUUUGUAUUUAGAUUUUGAAGUUUCAUGUUCAUAUUAUUAGGGUUGUAUUUUUUGUAUUUUUGUGUGAUUUUAUCAAGUAGUAUGUCAUCUCAUUAUCUACGUGCACAGAAAACAAGAAAUUGACUUUUACUUUAUGAAAUAUUUAACAAACCAAAAUGUAUAUUGUGUAGCAGUAAUCUGGGAAACUCAACAACACUGCUUUAGACUGAGAGCUGAAUUUGUCCUUGUUGUACAUGGAGUUUUCACAUUGAUCCACCAAAAAAAGUGUUUGUUUAUUAAUGACAAUCAAGACAUGAAAAGCAGACAACUUAGUUUUCAACUUAAAAAUUACAACUUUGUUUACAUUGAAAAUGAGCUGAAAUCAGGUACAAAAUUAGCAGUUGAAUUUAGUGAUAUAAACCAUGUAAGUGUAUUUAUGAAAUUUAACAGUAAGUAGAAUAUACUGGAGUCAUAUAUCUUUCAUGACAGCAUGUGAGUUUGAGCUGUUAGGGGUAAAGCUGCUGAGAAAAUCUUGAGGUAUGUAGUUCCUCUUUUAAGGGUGCUAGAUGAUGCAAUGAUUAACCUAAUCUAUUUGAUUCUGACACUUGGUGGAAGUAAAGGAAAUCUCAAUAUUCCCUCUCUCUGCCGUUUAUAAGGGACUCAAUGAAAAAUCAGUAGUUCAAAAUGCCUGUAAUUAAAACUAUUGAAAUUUCGUUCGAACUGAGAUGAUACCACUGACCUCUAUGCUACAGUGCAUUCAGGUAACAGAAAUUUAGCCUUACAAAAUUAACAAAUCAUUUUUUUUUUACUUGUUUGUUUUGUUUAUUUUUCUCUUUGCAUGCAGCUUCAUGUUGCGGAAAAUCAUAAUACAAAUAAUUUCUAGGAAUGCAACAUCCGCCCUAUCCCCACCCCCUCACCAAAUAAAGUAAUGCAAGUUGUCUGUAAUUUCAGGAUAUUUGGUAUAGAAAAUUAAAAUGUACCUUUUUGAAUUGGAAGGCAAAUAAUGAGUAUAGAAUUAGAUAUUAUUGCUAUGCCAAAAUGUUAAAUUUUUCAAUAAUGGUAUUGUGGAUUCUGACUGCUUAAUAAUAUUUUCAGUUACUGUACAUAGUCAAUUUUUACAUGUACAAAAUAAUUGAACUCUAAAUUUUUAAUUUCUUUUAGUAUUAGGUUAGCUUUUAUUGUGAAAAAGCCUGAAUGAUAUAAAAGAAUGCGUUAAUGAUUUGCAUGUUAAAACUGGCCAAAAUAGUUCAUCUACAGACAACAUAAAUACUAAUUGUUUUGAACAUGUUAUGCUGCUCAUCCAAUAGAAAUAUUUAUGACAGUUUCUUUCCUGUUUUUGUUAAUACUGUGAUUUUAAAAAUAGAAAAAACUGAAAGCUCAGCAGGUCAGACAGCGUCUAUGAAAAAGAAAUAUAGUUAAGGUUUCAUGUCAGACUUUGUUAGAAUUGGGAAAGAAGGAAAUAUUAUUCUGCAGAGACAGUGGGUAGGAAUGAAUAGUACAAAAGAAAUGUCUCUGAUAGGUUGUCCCCAUAGCAACCCUUCUGUUACCCUAUCAAAGAUAUAACUUUUACUUACUUAAUGAAGGAAUCCACCAGGUCUUGUAAAAGCCUGUUACCACUUGAUGGAAAUGUUAACACUAGUUUUAAUGGGCUAUCAAUAACCUGAUGUGCAAAUGAAGUAUUAGUAAAUAUAGGUUAUUAUUUGUAUUAAGGAUGAAACAAUCUAAAUUAUGCCCAUACCUUAAUAAUUUGUUGAUAAACAUUUUAAAUGUUCAAUGUUAAAGGAAUACAGUGGAUUCUGGUUAAUUGGGACACAUUUGGAUCAGUGCAUUUUGACCUAAUUAAGUGGCUGCCCCAAAUAGCAGAAAUUCAAUAGAAAUAGUUAAAUUGGUAUAAAAAAUACAAUUUAAAUGAAAUACAGAACAAAUUAGAACAUUACAAAUGUCACUGCAGUACUAUAAAACUGCGUAUUGGUUCCUAAUAGUCAUUGACAGAGUAAUUUGCUCUCUGAAUGCUGCCAUGUUCUUUGAUAGACUGGAAAUAAACAAAGUCGGUACUGGUACCUAGUGCCAGUUGUUUUCGAUGAUUGGAUCUUCAAAAUCUUCUUUUUCAUAGUAACAUUCAAAAUGAUUGUUGAUACCUCCAAAUUCUUUGUAGUUUCUAACUUGUUGAAGUAGUGAAACUGUUUCAUAUGUUUUCUUUCCGCUGUUUCUGGCAUCUUUAAACCUGAAUGCUUGAAACCACAGUGAGCAAAACAGUUCCAAGUGAUUUUACCACUUAUUUCUUGCUAACUAUUAGUGACAAAAAUUACUGCUUUCGAAUACAAGCACAACUGACGCUCUUUAAAAUCUGUUCACUCUAAGCACAGUACAGUGUCUUAACAGGCAUGCAAGUGCACAAGACUGCCUCUAAUUAGUAACCAUUUUGCUACAGUCUCUUGUACCAAUUAGAUAGUAUAGUGUCCCAAAUAAACAAUGGAAUCCUGGCAAUUUUCUUGGUUGAUCUUUGUUCUUUAAGGUUUGUACCAAAUAAGGGGCUGCCAUGAAUAACCAUUGGGCUAAUUAACCAGAUCACUAUAGUUAGUAUUCAGCAUCAAAGUGAUGAGAGGAAUGUAUUCAUGGCUUUUAAAUUUAUCUUAAAACAAAAUACAGAUUCAUUGAAAUAGACCUGUGAGCUAUUUACUUACAAUUUCUGAUUCAAUUCGGUCCCUUUAUGCAAGAAUGAAGUUUGACUCAUUUUAAAACAAGUAGCGCUUUGAAAAUGUUGGAGUCGAACAAUCCAAAUAUUACACAAACACACUGGUAUAAGUUGUACUGAUAUCCAAACUUGCGCACUCCCACUUUUGCCCUUUACAAAAAUUAUCCAGAAAGUUGGCUGAUACAUUUUGUUGUGGCACUCAUUUAUCUCAUCUUAAAUUAAAUCAGUUGACCAUUUUUUUGGAGUGUUACAAUCUUUAAAAGCAGUUAGUACAUAAUUCUAUCUGGAACAACAAUGUGCAUCCUCUCUUGCCCCUCCCUUUGAAAUACAUGCAGGAUUUUCAUUGACAGAUAUACUGUACCUUAAAAAACAUUUUGUAUGGAAAUUUAUAGUGAAUAAUUUAUCUUAUACUUUUUUUUAUAUACACUUGUUCUUUGCUUCAAAAUUGUUUUCAGUAUACAUUCCUUGAUUUGUUUCUUUUAGUUUAGGAUUCAAAGCAGUUCAGUAAAAGUUUAUGAUAAAUUAAAAUCUGCUAUUGAAGAAAUGGAAAAUAUUGGAGAGUACCUGGUUGAUUUUGUAUUUUCUUGUAAUUUUGCUGAAGUCUUGCAUGGGUCAUUAAAAGUGUCGGAUCUGCAAAUUGACCUUGGUGGUUUUCAGAUUUAAGACAGUGUAAGACUAUUCCAAGGCUGAUCUACAUUUCGGUAGUAUUGCACUUCCCUAUAAUUAUAGUUGCUUGUGCUGAUCCAAAAUGGUGCGUGAUUCCAUGAAUAAGCUGCUGGGGUAGUGAACCCAUGGGCAUGCGCAAAAAAUUUGUUGGCAUGCUGUAUCAUACCUCAGUUCUCUAAACUGCAUCCAUAAUAAACAUAUAAUCAUUUUUCCAAAUUAUCUUUCUUACCAAAUGAUGCAUCAAAUGAUUUUUACAACCUGAGAGCAGUAAUAUGUUUUCACAGAAGAGGUCUCAUGCUAGUUUGGCGCCAGUUGGAUGGUGCAAGAACACGAGAAGUUGAGUGAUACAUUUUGAAAUCCUUGCAGACCUAGUGUACACAUUGUAUUUGGAUAGAAAACAGUUGCAAUAACAAUAUUAUUUGGAAAUUAUUUUUCAAAUUCUUUUCAAAAGAUUUGUGCAGGUUUUCUAAAAUGCUUCAUUUAUUUCAAUCUAUCUCUGUUAUAAUUUUAUUAAUAGCAAAACAAUACAUGUAAAUAAGCAACUGAAUUAUCCUUUUCCUUAAAUAAUUCCAUAAUUAUUGCAUUUAUUCAUUAAUCAGUGGUAAUCUCUGCUCAAAAUUACCAUUGCAUGCAAGAGGAUUUUUUUUAGAAGAUUAUUGUCAAUUUGUGCACAUGCUCUCAGAAAGGUUCAUCACCCCUAAGCAGGAGAAUGUAAUUGUAAUUCACUUCAAAGCUUGCUGAUUUUUUUUAUCACCAUAAGUUUGCUGUAAAGGCAAAGCUAAAAAUCUUUUUGAACAGAUGCUAAAGCUACCAUGUAAAUGCAGUGCUAACAUUAUUUAACUUCAAAAGAGUACAAAAACAAUCCCUGAAAAUUAUUGAUCAGUUCAAACAUUUAUUUAUCUGGGGAAAAAAGGGUGUUUUUACACAUCAAUGUCCAACAAUUUUGGGUUUGAAGCUUAAAAUAAAUUGUUAUUAUCAAUGGUUACUGGAAUUAUGAACUUUAAUUAUUUACAUUUUUUUCUAUAUGCAACUACUUGCAUAUGACAGACUCUUUCAAUAUUAGUUUUUGUUUUUGGACACUUUAUGGCACAUGUAUCAAUUUUAUGGCAGGAGGUUUUGAAUAUAAUGUAAUAUAGAGCAAAAUAACUGUUUUAAAUAUUAAAUUUAAACCAUAUUGAAAACUAAGUUAUGACUCGAUAGAUAUUGGAAAUGUCAAUAGCAGGGAGAUUUUUUGGAGCUGCUUCUGUUUUGCUGGGUUGCAUUUGGGUGGAAACUUGCCAAGUACUGGCAGAGCAGGUGCAGCUCUUGGGCAUUUCCUAACUGGUGUACUUAUUUACUCAUCUAAAGAAUGAAUCUUUUAUGAAGAGUUCUUCAAUAGCUGCGUUAAUAUUGUUAGAAUAGAGAAUAAUAUAUUUAAUUGUAUAUGCAAUCUAAAGUUAUUAAAGAUUUAAUUCUGAACUUGA